GUUACAAGUGACUGGUGCAUUACUUCUUCCUUUGAUUUAAUUUGUCUCUGAUAAAUGUCAACUGAGCUAAUUGAGUGACUGGCCAAUCCAGGCACACCUGUCUUUGACUUCUGACACUGGUACAGUGUGAGAGAUGGCUGACCUAGACCAGAAGAUGGGAGAUGUGAGGGAGGUGUUCACGCUGCUGGAGGCACAGGAGACAAGCGUUACAGAGGAGAUCACAACGCUUAUACAUGAAAACCUCAACUCAAAGAAGGAGUCAUGGCUGGUUCACAGUUUGGUGGACUACUUCUACAUGACCCAGUCUACUAGCGUGGCUGACAUCCUGUGUAAGGUGCAGGACCCUCAUGACAAGCACCUGCUGGAGAAACUCUGUGAUGGAAUCAAGUCCCAGGACCAUCAGUUACCAGCCCUACAGUUACUGUUGUAUGCUGUGUGUAAACAGCCCCACUGGCUGAUCAAGAUAGUCAACAUGUCGGUCCUUAAGGUCAUCAUAAAGUCUAUGAAGGUGGAAACCAACAUUCCAGUUUUGAUGACAGCAGUAACCGUAGUUACCAUACUGCUGCCUUCCAUCCCAACCCUGGUGGGGCCAUAUCUCCCAGACUUGUUUGAAGUCUUCAACAGGCUGGCUUCCUUUACUGUCAAGAAACCACCGGGGAAUACUCCAGACAUAUUCUACCUGCAUCUGCAGAUAGCCGUGUACGCCUUGUUUCACCGACUAUAUGGUAUGUUUCCGUACAACUUCCUCACGUACCUGAGACACUACUACUCCAAGAAAGACAACACCCUUGUCUUCGAUGAGGCAAUAAAGUGUAUGUUAGAGCGUGUGAGACUACACCCUGCCCUGAUCAUUGGCACCAAAGAACAAGAAACAUCCACACAGAGGUGGAAGCAUAUGGAGACCCAUGAUAUUGUAGUUGAGUGUAACAAGAUGUCCUUGGACCCAAUUGAAGGCACAUGGGAGGAGUUACAGUGUCCAAUCAUAAAGCCAAGUCAUAUGAUUGACAGGCUCUCAGCAAAUCGGAUGCGUCUGCCAAGGGCCUCAGCACCAGUUUCCUUGUCCCUGAUAACAGUCCCAGAAGGCAGCCCCCUAGUACAGUCCCAGGAUAUGUUUUGGAGCCCAUCGGAGGUUAUUGGGCUCUCCACACCUCCUCAUUCUCUACCAAACACGCCCGCCAUGCAUGUAUUUGAAGCUUCAGGUGGUGGCGCAAUAUCUGGGUCACAUACCCCAUAUGGUGGCAUUGUGACUGGAGCACAAAUUGGUGCCAAUCUGUCGAUAAAUGUUGGAACUACCCCCAUGAACACACCUCGGGAAACUCCGCCCAUCAGUGAAGAGGCAGACAGGAGUAGAGCAAACAGCAGAGGCCCAUCAAGACCAGAUCCCAAACGCCUAAGCUGUGAGUUUCCGACCAAUCAGCAAGUGCCCCUUUUGACCCCACUUAGUAACAUUCCUAGUGUACCCCCAUCCCCUUUGAGGGCGGAGUUUACCAAUACCCCACCCAUUGGGGUCAAGCCCCUCCCGAUUUUACAAGCUGCUAGGGAACUUCAGUUUGAUAGUGACUUGACUUAUGAGCAUUCUAAGAAACACUUGAGUCAGGUUGAGACUUUAAAAUCUAUGAGUGAUGGGAAAGAUAAUGUUGGCAUUAGACAGGGCCAAGGGGCGAGUGUUUUUAGCACUGGUGAAAACUCGAAAACACCUUCUAGGAGCAGUUCAGCAACAUUUUUCGAAGAUAGUCUGAAAAUAACUGCAGAUUUGAACGCAAGCUUUGAGAAAUCCAGUACCCAUGGUGUACAAGAUGCUAUCAAUAGCUCACAGGAAGUGAAGGAAGGUGGGAUGUCCAAUGCUUCAUCUGGUGGUCAGAUGGAUACAGUCUGUAUUGACAACAUUUCCCAAGUCAUAGAAAGCCUGGAAUCUAACGAUGAAGAUGACGAUGAUGAGGUUUCUGAGCUGACCUCUGUUGUGCCAGGAAACCAAACUGUUACCGCCGAGUCCGUGAAGAAGUUUAUGAAAAGCGUGAACAGAAUUAGGUUCAACAGCCUCACGGCCACCAAUAACAUUGAACUCAACAAGUCUAACAAGCCAUUUGGUGCUCAGAAGAGAUCGCGUUCAUGCCCUCAAUUCCCCAAAAUAGCAUCCUUGAAUGAAGAUGAUGAUGAUGAGGAGGAGGAUGAUGAACUCUCUAGGUCAGCUUCCACUACAUGCAAAGGUCCUUUAAGUUCCAGUUUAGUGACAUCUGACCAACAAGAUGGUAUGGCGUCUAGUAAGCCAGUGACAUCAUUUGUGUCAAUGUCACAGCCAGCUAGUCUACAGGGCAUAUCUGUUUCAAAUACAAGCACUGUGACUGUCCAUACCAGACAGGAGACACAGGUCACUGUCACAACCACCCAGCAAAGUCAGGUGACUGUUACCCCAUGUCACAUGUCAGCACGGGUGGGUGGGGUAAGUCAUCAGUCAACAGCAGACCAGGGGGUGUAUGGGAUGUUGAAGCAGCUUCUCAAUCUACCAGCUGCAAAUGUGUGCACCAAAUGUGGGGGAAAAGUGCAGGACAAUCAGUCAGAAACAGCUCCUGCCUUUUUUACGACCUAUUCCCCGCCUGAGCUACUGGACCGACACAUUGAACUGGGUCGGGACAUUCACGCCAAAGAGCUGAGUAAAAUCCCAAUGCCCUCCACUACAGAUACCAACUGGACACACUUUGGGGGGGUCCCUCCAGCUGAUGAAAUCAGUAUUCUAAGAGGCCAGUUGACGUUGCUCCACAACCAGGUGAUGUAUGAGCGUCACAAGCGUGACCAGCAUGCCAAGAGGAACAGGCGACUACUGAGGAAAAUUGCCCAUACUAACAUGCUGGAGGAACAGAAUGCUGCCAUGACUGACCAGUUACAGCAGAAGGACCACCAGCUCAAGGACCAGGAGCUGAACAUUAAGCUUUUGGAGACUGAGAAUGGUCAGCUCAAGGCUGAACGGGAUUCCGAAACAUUUGAGAAACAUCUACAACUUAACUCUUGCCUACGAGAAAAUGAAGAGUUGAAGAAUGCCAAGAAGGAGUUUAACACUUUGCUGGUUAGACAGAGGGAAGAGCAAGACAAACUUGAACAGAGACUGAUGGAGAAGGAGUCACAUCUGUUCAACACGACCAAGGAACUGGAAAAGAUGGCUGAAGUUACACAGGCCAACGCUAAACUUAAGGAACAGGUCCUACAGCUGCAGAAGGAGCUGGUUUUGAUGGGAGAGUUACAACACAAGAGUAGCGAGAAACUCCUAGCCUACAAGGCCAGCAAGGCCUCACAUUUGGAGCAUAAACACAUACAGGCUGGCCUACAGCAGGAAAUACACACCCUAAAGAAGGAUUUAAGUGUUAAGUCUACCCAGUUGGAAGGUUGUCAGGCCCAGUUGAGAGAUCAAAUGGAGUCCCUAACAUCUAAGGAAGAGGCCAUGUCUCAGAUGAAACUGCUUGUGGAUAAAGUAAAGGCCAGACAUAGUGAAGAACUUCAGAGUGUAGAAGAGAAACAUCAAGCUUCCCUGCGUGUGAACCAAGCGCUUGAAAGCCACAUUCUGCAACUUUACUCUGACCUUGAACUCUCAAAGGCACAAUUGGACAAGGGAUCACCAAGUAGACAAACCUCUAUCACCCCUGGCUUUGAACCACCCCUCAGUCCGGCACAGGAGGAUGAACAGUUCCGAGAAAGGACCAACUCUGACCCUCUCCGACAACAGCCCAGCUUUCCCACAAAACAGCUCACCAGAAUGGCUAGUCUACCGGUUUCUGGGGAAAUUUCCAUCUCUGGUGUACAGAAAAAUACUGGCCUUGAUUAUUCACAUAGCCAAAGUCAAAGGUCAGCAAGUGAUAAACAUGGAAAAUUUCCAUUAUCUAUGACUGAAGAAGAGGAUUUUGAGAUCAUUUCUGGUGCUGCUGCUAGGCAACAAAAGACCCCUGACCUUGACAUUGGGUCAGUGUCAUCAAGGGAAGCUAGUCUGUUGCCAGGGCAACGGAAUUAUACUUCAGAUAGUGUGGAACAGUAAAAGUAAAUAUUAUUGUCUUGCCCCAGCUUUUUUAAAUUGACUUUCAUGUGCUAAAUAAUGGAAUUAAAUACUUACCUGUUUGUUUUAGUAAAUAUUUAUAUACAAUCAUUAUUAUAAAUGUUAUCUGUAAUAUGAUUUAUACAAUUACAAUUGCAUGCGUUGAAUCAAAUUACCUUUUAUCUGCAGUAUUGUGAGUGUAAUCGAUAAUUUUCUUAUUGUUACAUUUUUCCGUCUGACAGCCAUUUUUGUAUCAUUGUCAUUGGUGUUUUGAUUUUUUUCCUUCAAUUUAUUAAGCGAUUAUUUUAAUCAGUAUGAAAUGUUAAUAUGUGAUAAAUAUCAGUAAUUAUGGUGUGAAUAUUUUAUCAAUUAAAACUAAUGUAUUUAUAAAAAUUUAAUAGAAAUGAAAUUUUGUUACAACUCUAAAUGAGCAUGGUUUUACCAUUUAUACAUCACUUGGAUUUGUUUAGGGUUGUAAAUAUUUAUUUAUUAUUUGUUACAUUUAAGACAAUUAUUUAUGUUUAUACACUUGAUUUCUUGAAUAAUUUUGUGUUAUUAAGUAUGAUGAUUCUUUAUGAUUUUUAAUGCUUAAAAUUAAUUAUUACACACUUUCCAUAAUUAUGAUGUUAUGUUUAUUUGUUAUUUGAAGAAUAAGGAGAGCUAUACUACUCAUCCUAGCGUUGGUGUGGGCGUCCCAAGUUGGUAAAGGUUUUACAUAUAAGCACCUUUAAGUCAUUAUCUCAGUGAAUACAUCAUGUAUUGCUUUGAAACUUUAAAAUAUGUAUUUCCAACCAUCCAACCUUUUUAAUUCAUGAAGUUAGAAUACACUUUUUUUAAUAUAAUGCAAAGUAUGGGCCUUUAUUAUUUGACUUAGAAUUCUGUUCAAGGUUUUGCAUGUAACCACAUUUAAGUUAAUAUCUCAGCAAGUACUUGAUGUAUUGCAUUGCAACUGGAUACAAUCUAGUAUAAUUACCGUUCCUUGCAUAUAAUGCAUUUUUCAUUCUAAAUUCUUGUUAAGUUUUUGCAUCUUAUCUAGUUUUACAUUGAUCCAUCCAUGUUUCACCAAACUGUGCAAUCCUCGAACUUAAAAGCAUCAUAAUAUUCGUAAUAGUCGAGCAUGCUGUCCCAGUGACAGCUCUUGUUAGUGUAACCUUUAUUUGAUUGAUUGCGUAUGCUUUUGCAUUUUAUGUUAAAUGAAAUGAUUGAUCAUGGGUUGUUUUGACCUAACUCAAUCAAUUAAAUUGGAAAUAAACACUAAAUGAAUUUUUUUCUAUGCAUCUUGGAUCAUUAUUUACAUUUGAAUAUUUGAGGGUUAGGAUUUCUAGUGUGAGGCCACAUUUUUUGGUUUGUUAAGUUUUUAUUUUAUUUAUGUUUUCUACUUGAAUAGUGGGAAUAAAAAUCAUUUCAACAGUAAUAAAAUACUGUAUAAAUGGAAAAUAGGUAAUUCAAUAGAUUUUUUAAAAGUAAUUUUAGGAAAUUUUGGUGAAUGAAUUGUCUUUUAAAGUAAUUUUCGGAAUAUUUGGUGCAUGAUUUGUCUAACAUUUAUAUAAUCUGUUAAAUUGUACAAGUUAUUGUGUACUGUUAUGGAGGUUAAAGUAUUGAAAAAGUAUUAUAUUAUUAAUCAGAAUAAAUAUAUAUGACGGUCAAUCUAAAACUAUGUGGACUUAGUACAUGUUGUACAUAAAACCUUUAGUUUAGAUAAUGUUUAUAUAUACAUCUUACAGAAAUCGUCUGAACCUCUUUCUUUGAAAGUGCGAAAAUGAAUUUAUACAUUUUACACAGCAAGAGGGUAGGUAGACCAAAAUGACACAACCUUAAGAUGUCACUUGACAUUGUCAUUAUAAGAGCAGUCAGCUUUAUUGUCUUAUAAAAUAAAUACAAAUACAAGUUUUACAACAUUUUUGACCACAGUUUAACAAAUGUUUAAGCCAUAUCAUCAUAACAGCAUUUUGCUUUUUCAUACAAUUCCAUUAUUAUUUUUUUUUAUCUGCAUGUUUGCAUAUUACACAUAGUGAGUUGUGAGGAUGAUGUAAUUUCAUGUUUUUCUAUUGUGUUUAAGGGUGCUUGGUAGAUGCUAUAGAAACAUCAGAACUGUUCAAUGGUAACCAAAUAAUUUAACAUUUAACAAAUUGAUUAGUGGUAUACCUCCGUAUACAUCUGCCAUCUGCGUGCAAUUUGAGAACAAAUUUUAGAUCCAAAUCUGGACAAAAAUAUGAGUUUUACAUACAUGAAACUCCUGCUACAUUUACUUUAUAAUGUUAUUUAUUUCUAUGGCUCCCUGCAUGAAUUUAAGCCUGAUUUUUAAAAUCCUGUUUUUCAGAAUUGAUUUAAUUUAUACUGCUUAUACAUAUUGGUAUAUAGUGACAAAGUGUUGUAUUAUUAUUGUUUCCUUAAUAGGCAUGUUUAUGUGUUAAGUAAAGUGUGUUUAAUCUGUGUAUAUACUGUCCACUGUCUAAGCAGUUUACUUCUUAAACAAUCAUUAAAAUACCAUAUAUUUGAUGUGUUUUGAUUGAAAUCCUUGCAAGAAUACCUUGGCUGAUAACCGCGUGGAAUAUUAUGGGAAAAUAAGUCCGUUUAAAGGGACUCACACCUGGUUAAUACAAUGCAUUUUUUUUACAGAUAUGUUUUAUUAAUAUGAAAUAAAGUGUCAAAUCAUCAGGAGUUUUAAAACUACGAUACUGACAGCUGGAACCCUUAACAAAUGUUGAUAAAUGCUCAAAUAUUGUCUUUGAAGUCCACCAUUUCCAAAACAGUUGAUAAGGCAAUUCAGCAAAAGGCUGUAGCGUGAAUGGUUGAUUGCAAUUAACAUGUGAUGUUUUCAAGGUAUUCAAGGUAUUUAAUAAAUGUUAAAAUAUAAAUGGUAUGUUUGUCUCGGUGUUGCCAAUUGGCUUAAAUGUUGGUUUUCUUAUUUUUUUUCUUGACUGUACUACCAUGGAUUUGCUUCCACUAAAACCAGAUUUUCAUUUUAUUCUUUAAUUGUAUUUAUUUCUGCAAUUUCUGAAUAAAAGAGUAAACUUAUUACA